CGGUGGAAAAGCAAGUGGAGCAUGAAGACGACCUCAGUCAAGUUUUGUUGGAGGCGAAGCGAGCACCAAACUGAUCCGCUUCGGUUUUGCACCUCGGUGGACUUUAAUUCGUAUCUAUUCGGCCUGCUUUUAUUGUAGAGGACACUUAUAAAACCAGGACACGGGAGCCGCCAAUCACCCGGACAACAUGGACGGAUUCUACGACCAACAGGUUCCGUUCAUGGUCCCGCCCAGCCCCCACGUCGAGGAGCCCAGCAGGGCCUUGAAUGAACGCAAGAGGAAGUUUGUGGACACAGAGCUCGCCCAGGACACGGAAGAACUCUUCCAAGAUCUCAGCCAGCUCCAGGAUAUCUGGAUCGCAGAAGCCCAGGUUCCGGACGAUGAGCAUCUUGUCCCAGACUUCCAGUCGGAUAGCUUGAUGUUCCAUGGCCCGCCGCCGGCCAAGAUCAAGCGUGAGCUGACUCUCUCCAAAAACCUGUCCCCCUGCCACCAGGACAGGAGUCCCAUGCCGUACGGAGAGAAGUGCCUUUACAGCUACAGUGCCUGCGACCGGAAGUCUACUCCCACAUUCAAGCCGCUAACCCCCCCCUCCACGCCAGCGUCCCCGUACGGCCCGGCGGGAGCUCACCCCCUCCACGAGCAGACUCCUCCUCCCCCGAACCCCGGCGCCGCCACACUGCCCCCUGGACCGCAUGUUCAGCAGCAGCAGCAACAGCCGGCGCACCCGGUCCACAGCCCGCCGUUCGCUGCCCCCUGUGUGCUGAUUGGCCAGGAUGCCAACAAUUUCACACCAGACCACAGCGUUCUCAGGUUCCAGAGACAGAUGUCUGAGCCAUCGCUACCUUUCCCUCCAUCAGAGACUCGGGUGCGCACCCAGUUCUUGCCCCAGGCCCCCAGCAGCAACCGCAACAGUCAACCGCACGAGGGGCGCCCGCUCUACCACCGGCAAAUGUCCGAACCCCUUGUGGCCGUGCCCCCCCACGGUUUCAAACAGGAACUCAUUGACCCAAGAUACACCGAGCAGGGCGUUCCGAACCCUCCGGCACCCUCGCUGGGUCCCUCUCGCCAGGCCGCGUGCCACCCCAUGGCCAUCAAGCAGGAGCCCCGCGACUUCUGCUUCGAUUCCGAAGUGCCCAACUGUCACUCAUCGUUCGGGAGAGUGGGGACCUUCUACCAAAAUAACCAUGAAAGCUUCUCCUUCGACAGAGAUCCUCAACUCUACUUUGACGAUACCUGCGUUGUCCCUGAAAGAUUAGAAGGUAAAGUGAAGCAGGAGCAGUCCAUCUAUCGGGACGGACCCCCCUACCAGCGCCGUGGAUCCCUGCAGCUCUGGCAGUUCCUGGUCACGUUGCUGGACGACCCGGCCAACGGACACUUCAUCGCCUGGACCGGUCGCGGAAUGGAGUUCAAGCUCAUCGAGCCCGAGGAGGUGGCUCGCCGAUGGGGCAUCCAGAAGAACAGACCCGCCAUGAACUACGACAAGCUGAGCCGCUCUCUGCGUUACUACUACGAGAAGGGCAUCAUGCAGAAGGUGGCCGGUGAGAGGUAUGUGUACAAGUUUGUGUGUGACCCCGAGGCCCUCUUCUCCAUGGCCUUCCCCGACAACCAGAGACCCAACCUGAAGGCCGAGCUGGACGGCCUGCCGGGCCUGGACGAGGACACGGUUCCCCUCACCCACUACGAGGACACCGCUCCCUAUCUGCUGGACAGCGGGGAACACUGUCUUGCGGGCUUGCCCUUCCCGGACGGUUGUGGCUACUGAACCCCAAAGGGGCGCCCCUGACGCUCACCACACCACCAUGCAAAAACACUACCAAAGUCUUUCCACGCCCCGCUAUGUCAAUUCCGCCGCUGAACUGCAGCGCGGCUCCAAGGGACCUUUGUGCGUCCUCGCUGGAUUGUGGACAAAAAGUGAUUCGGGGUAAAAGAUGAAACAGAGGGAACGAUGCAAGGCCUGGAGGCUUCCAAGUUUGUAGAUGACUACGCUUCUUCUAAUCGCAUCAACAAGAGGAGAUUUGGCAAUUUUUAUUUUGUGACAAUCCGUUUUUCCUAAAACUCCUAAAAAAUUCUACAAAUCUAAAUUUGAAAUGCAGCACUAUUCCGUAGUGGCCUAUUCCUACUUUUUGCGGCCUGAGUUGAUGUUUGUGCACAUGGCUCUGAAAGAUGGAGGAAAGGGCUUUGAAUCGCACCCGCCAAGCUUCUUUCCAAACAUUUCUGUACAUACGACUCCUCUUGCAAGACACCCGAGACUCGCUCAGGAUUCUGGCUUUCGGGCUACUUGGUCAGGCUGCUCUCUUGUGGAAAUGUUCUUUCAUUGUCUUGACCGCAUAAGAGAUUGUAUCUUCCCCCAUCCCCUCCACCCACUGUGGAGACUGCAAUCCUUGGUACGACCCCCCCACCCCAGCCGAGUGCUUUAUUGUUCCAUUUUAGAACUAAUUAACGCUCGUCUAUUUCCAAAGGGAUGCAUAUGCAAGUACAUGUUCCCCAGCCAAGAGAAUUUUUUUUUUCUACGUGUUGUCUUUCUGGCUCCUCCUGAUGCACCGGUAUGGCAGGAGCAUCAUGGCAUUGCAUGCAGACUAAACAUUUUGCCGCCAUCUUUUGGAAACCUGUAAGCGACUUCGCGGGGCGUAAUCGGCUUCUCGCUCCCACGUCAAUAUUUGUUUUAUUUUUUUGUCUUCAUUUUGGAAUGAGGGCAGCCUUCUAUAAAGUAUAUAUUUUUGCUAUAAAGUCGCAGUCCAGGUUUGAUUUUUGAUUUCUGAUGGUUCUGUAACAGUUGGGGUAUUUUUGGAGAACAAAGCUAAAGUGUCAUGGCGCCCUGACUGCUAACUGAUGGCUUUGCUUGGGUGAACAGAUGGAUGACCUCGCUUUGCAAACGAGGCGUGUAAAAGGCCAGAGUUCCAGCAAAGGCCGCAUGACGGGACGCAUGCCAGGCAGGCACGGGGACGGUCUGCACUUGUAUAGGCUUCACAGACACCCCCGCCCUCGACAGACCCCCACCCCUCACAUUGUGUUUUCUGAUCAUGUGUACUGGCUGAAAUAAACACUCCUCUACGCUUCA